UCGGUAGUCGACAGCAUGGACAGGGAUGUUGUGCUCAGGAGGUGUGUUUUUUAGCAAACAUUGAGGUUAUAUUUUUGACAUUAAGUCAGGUAAUGUCACCUAAUGUUGGCACCGGCCCGGAGUUUAUGUAUUUAUACAUUCAAUCGUUUGAGUCUAAGAAUGAACUCUCCAUAUUUCAGCGAAUCAAUAGCUGUAUUAGACGCUUGUGCGACUGAAGCUAUGGCGAUAAGUAAUGCAAAUAAAGGAGGAAUUCGCAGAUUAAGAUCCAGAAUGGCUCAAGGGCUCAGAUCAGAAGAUGGUCCUCCAAAAGUGAAAGCAGAAGUUCACGAACAGAGCAUUUCAUUCGCUGCACUGGAAACACAUGCAAAAGCUCCUGCAGCCACAAAAGUGAAAGAAGAAACAGAUCGAGCCCCUUUGACGUCACAUAGUAAACCAAGGCGGGGCCAUGUGAAGGUGGAGUAUGAGGAAGAGGCGGGGCUAAAAAGGCAGCGCUGGGAGCCGUGUGAUUGGAUAACACAGCUGUCAUUCAUCAGGGAGAUGAGGAGCAAGCGGGAUGCUCCCGUGGACCAAAUGGGAGCGGAGAAAUGCUACGACCCCGAGGCCCCACCUGAGGUGCGUCGCUACCAGGUGCUGAUCUCCUUAAUGCUGUCCAGCCAAACGAAAGAUCACGUGACGGCCGGCGCUGUGCAGAGACUGCGCGAGCACGGGCUCACCGUGGACGCCGUACUCGAGAUGGACGACGAGACUCUGGGUAAACUCAUCUACCCCGUGGGCUUCUGGAGGACAAAGGUGAAGUACGUGAAACGGGCCUCGGCUCUGAUCCGGCAGGAGUUCAGAGGAGACGUCCCCGACACGGUGGAGGGUCUGAUGCGUCUGCCGGGCGUGGGCCCUAAGAUGGCCCACCUGGCCAUGGACAUCGCCUGGGGCCGGGUGUCAGGCAUCGGCGUGGACACCCACGUUCACCGAAUCUCAAACAGACUCGGUUGGACCAAGAAGGAGACCAAGACACCGGAGGAGACUCGGAGAGCUCUCGAGGAGUGGUUGCCACGAGAUCUGUGGAGUGAGAUCAACUGGUUGCUGGUUGGCUUCGGGCAGCAGGUGUGUUUACCCGUGGCUCCGCUCUGCUCCGUGUGUCUCAGUCAGCACACCUGUCCCUCCGCCCACAAGAGCCUCAAACCCGCCGCUAGACGCCCCGGUGAACUAGCAGCGCGGGUCAAAGAAGAGCCGUCUCGGAGGAGGAGGGACACAGCCAAACAGGAAGAAGAAGACCUCAGAAAGAGAAGCGGCAGGAAAGACGGAGCAGGAGCACAGCGGACAGAAGAGACUUAGAUUCUGUUUCAACAGAGUACUGUGUGAAAGCUAAACAAGCAUAACGCCGAUUCGUUUUUCUAUCCAAUAAAUUGUAGCUGAAAUGGAAAAUAUAAAUGUUUUACAUUAAAAGACAGAACAGUA